GCCCGUUACGGACACUAGUUGUCCAAGAAUGGCCGACGACGGCGACGUCGAGUGGGAAGAAUGCGCCGAUGAGUUUGGCCGGAGUUUUUUCAUGCACAAAACCACAGGGGAAACGACGUGGGAGCUACCACCGUCCAGCGACAAGACCGUCGACGAGAGUGGCGAGUCGGUUGCGCCGCCAAGUGGGGCUGGCUCUGUGGAGGUUUCCAUCGAUGCCCAAGAAUUGCCACCUCCAGACAAAACCACACAGACGCUCGAGAGAAGAACCCACAGCUUUGUGCUCGAUGCCUCGACCGUGUCGAGACUCGACAGGAUUCGGUCGCAGCUGCUCCUCUUGGACGACGAGAUGGUGAAGAGGAUGACGGCGGCGAAUGGUGAUGGUGGCGAGGAGGACGAGGAGUGGAUCCACUCAUUUGAUCCUGUCCUCAGACGAGCGUACUAUUACGAAUGCCACCACGGAUCCAUCACGACCCACCCCCCCCGUGUCUUUCGCGACGAGGACCCGCUGUUCACGGUGCUGCUGGUCAUUCAAUGCGCAUUUCGAUGUGCCCUCGCUCGAAUGCGAGUGAGAAGGACCCGACAACAUGGCGGCACAGACGGAAUUUCCACGUCGGAAGAAGGGGGUGUCGUGGAACCAGAGGUGGCGGAGGGGGACGUUCAAGAUGCGGCGGUAGAUGGCGAGGCUGGCGAUGACGAGCCAGUGGCGGCAGAGGGGCCGCUACUACAAGAAAACGACGAGCCUCGAGCCUUGCAACCGCCCCCGCAGCAACCAACUCGAUUGACAGCUUCGACGCCCGUCGUUUCUCGACUUGUUGAGACCAAGAAGCCCGUGACAAAGGAAGUCGAAGCCCAGCGCGAAGCGGACGAACGGCGGGGGAUGCUGCUGGUUGAAAAGAAACAGUGUUCCAAAAGCGAUCGGUUUUGGGGUAUCGAUCAGACCACGCGCGAGAUUCAGCGGCAGGGGGUCGAGGAGCAGUCGAUGCGGGAUGCGGAGGACCUUCGUCGGAACUUGCAUGAAGCUGCUAGAAAACGCGAAGAAAUCCAACGCCGAGCGAUGGAAGAGCUGGAGCGGCGCCGGCGGAGCGAAGACAGCGCGCUGGAGAGCCGCGAACGGUCCGCCAUGCAAUUGCAAGAGUUGCUUCAAUGCAAAACCGAUACGUUUUGGGGGGUUCAAAAGCAAGAAAACGACGAAACGUGGUGCCAGCAGCACAUGGUGUUGGAAGACAAUGCAUCUCGACAAUACAUGCAGGACGUAUGCGCGUCGCAAUUGCAUGCGACGUGGGCUGCCGAAGCCGCCCGGGCCGUGAAAGAAGCCAACUUGCACCGCAUUCAACAGGAAACUCGAGAUCGAAAGAACUAUCUUCGCCUGUUUCGACGUGCGACAACCUCUGAAGAUAUCUUGUUAUAUCAGUGGCCCACUACGCAAACAACCUACCAAGACGAUGUGAUGGCCACAACGACCACUGUCCCUCUGACCACUCAACGCCCCCCCCCGUCAUCAAACGAUCUGAAACCAAACUCUGGAACUACCAGCAUUAGAACCAGCCCUUCAUCGGUCCAGUACAUGCUGGAUGUAGUACUGGACCCCCAUCGCCGCGCCAACCCUAAACACAUUUUCCACACAGCCAGCAGUGCCCACACGGUCGGUCGAAACGGCAAACUCGACGUGAGCCAGCCCGAGUCGAUGUAUCAUUUAGACAAACCGCGCGUGGACCACGUGUCGUUGGCGGCCCAGCUUAUUCAUCAGCCCAGUCGUCGUGCGCCUUUAAGGUCACCGGUGGCAUCGCCAGUCGUGAGAGAUCCCAACGCUCGCGCCAGUGCCAAUGGCCUUGCGUUCACCGUACGCCACCCGACAACAGUGCUUCAUGGAACCAAAGGAAAGGUCAAAUAUGGCAGCCUCAAACCGCUACACAAGCACGGACCCGUCCAGCGCCAUCCCGCAGCGACCACCAGCAGCAGCCCCGACCAAGGAACCCGCGACGAGGACGACGACGACCGAGCCCACGCAGCCGACGCCCCGUCAGCUCAAGAGGACGACCCGCGCUUUCAUGAUGAACAGCGCAUCCUCGCUCAGUUGUUUGACCUCAUCGACACGGACCGCGGCGGCACCCUGGACAAGAAUGAAAUGCUGUGGGCAUUGACAAAAGACGCGUAUGUGCGCAGCGUCGCCAUGACGUCCGUGGUGCUCAAGCACGCGCUCAAGAAGCGCAGCGUCGACGGAGUGUUUGCUGACAUGGACAAGGACAACACCAACAGCAUCUCAUGGGCGGCCUUUCGCGACUACGGACGGCGCAUGUUUGCCGCCAUCAUGGCCGAUCGAAAGGACGGAGGUCAAAGCAAAGAUGACAUCAUCCGACAGAAAAAUGAAGCGUAUGCUGCGCGCAAGGCGAUACUAGAGCAAGAAGCGGCCAUUGCCAAGAUUGUGUUUGCGCUUGUGGACACGGACCACAGUGGCAAGAUCGACCAGCACGAGAUGAUGCAUGCCCUCGACAACAACGACCGUGUCCGCGAGUUUGUCGGACGAUCCAGAGGGCUGCGCCCGUUGCUCGAGAAUGAGGCGUUUGGGAAAGCAUUUGUGGGAAUGGCGACGGACGAGGCUGAUGGCAUGAGUUUGGACGAGUUCCUUGCAUUCUGCACGGAGAUCGCGUCUGUUGCCAUGCUGAACGACCUCGCCGCGCCAUAGCAUGUCCAUUCCACACACCGCCAUCGACCACACUUCCGUCUUUCGGUCGCUGGUCGACAUUUCACAGUCGCGAAAUGUUAUAAACAGCGUCGACGUCCAAAACUUACUUGAUUUUUGUAUUCAGAAGGGACAAAUAUGUAAGGUGUUAUAUUGCA